GCCUGGAGUGGCGGCUUCUUUGAUACUCACCAGCUGGCGUCACUGCGGUGGCAAGGGUCGACGGGUGGAUGGAUUGCCGCUUUCCCACUCGCCGCAAGUCGCUAAGCCCCGAAUCGCCCCACCAAAAAUCACCUUUCAGCGAAAAUUUAUUAUUGAACCCCUCCAUUCAGUUUUGCUCUGCAAUCGCUGGCAAAGCACGACGCCGCUUCUGAAUCGCCGAAUCCCGCGAACAGCUCUCGACUCGGAUUUGCGCCUGAUUAGGUUCUGACAUUCACCAUGUCUCGGUUCUUCCGCGGCGGCGACGACAGCUCGACCGAGAGCAGCUCGGACGAGGAGGAACUGUACUCGACCUCCGAGGAGGAAGAGGAGGAGGAGCAGGAGGAGCAGGAGUCUUCCGAGGAGGAAGAGGAGGAGGAGGAGGAAUCCAGCGAUGAUGAAGCCGGAGCGCAGAAAAAGGGCUUGUCCCGGUUCCUGGUCGAUCAGGCAUCAUCCGAAAGUGAGGAGAGCGAUGUCGAGGGCACGACCAAGGUCAAGAGUGCCAAGGACAAGCGCUUUGAAGAGCUCGAGGCCACCAUCACUGCCAUCCAGAAUGGCCAGAAGAUCAACGACUGGGGGUCGAUCGCGAAUGAAUUCGACAAGCUCAACCGCCAGGUCGUGAAGCUUCAAGAUGGCGGCAAGGCUCCGAAGUCGUACAUCAAGUGCAUCACUGAAUUGGAAGACUUUCUGAAUGAGACUCUGGCCAAGCAGAAGGUCACACCGAAGAAGAUGAAUGCCACAAACGCCCGCGGCCUCAAUGCCGUCAAGCAACGCAUCAAAAAGAACAACAAAGACUAUCAGUCCCAGAUCGAUGCGUUCAGACAAGACCGCGAUGCCUUCAUGGAGUCGGACGAGGAGGAAGCCCCGCUGCCGAAACCCACCAAGGUCAAGUUCCAGGACAGUCUUGCUCCCGAAGAAGCGGCGGACGAAGAGGAGAAGGGAUUUGCCAGAGUUGACAAGCGCGGCAAAGCCAUUCCGUUUUCUCCCGAGAGCAUUCAGAAGCACCUCCGUGCCAUCCUCGAAUCCAGAGGCCGGAAGAACACCGACCGUUUGGAGCAGAUCAGGAUCAUGGAAGAGCUCAACAAGGUUGCCGAGACUCCUUACCUCAAAAUCCGCGUGCUUCAGACUCUGGUUUCGGCUCGGUUUGAUCUCGGCUCCGGCACAACUACCUCAAUGCCUCUGGAGCACUGGAAGGCUGCGGAGAAGGAACUCAGGGCUCUCCUCGCGCUCCUCGAGACACACAAGGACCACGUUGUGAUUGAGAACGCGGAGGAGUGGGACGAUGAUGAGAAAACCCCUGUUCUAGGGCCUGAUGACAAGUACAUCAAGGUUCCUGGCAGUGUUGUGUCCUACAUCGAACGCCUGGACGACGAACUCACCCGCUCGUUGCAGAGCAUCGACCCCCACACCUCGGAGUACAUCGAGAGACUGACGGACGAGGCGUCCCUGUACAACAUUAUCCUGCAAGGUCUUCUUUACUACGAGACCAUCCAGAAGGAUGCUUCGCUCGAAGUUCCGCAAGAGAGCUUGAACCGGAUUAUCCAGCGUCGGCUGGAUCACGUCUACUUCAAGCCCGCCCAGGUGGUGAAGAUUCUGGAGGAAAACUCGUGGAAACAAGUCUCAAGCAGCAUCGAUUCCACGAUCACACCCCGGAGCCUGGCCGGCGAUGCGGCGAAGCUCGUCCACACUCUCUGCAGCUAUCUCUUCGAGAACAGCGAGGGCAUCAUCCGCGCUCGUGCAAUGCUCUGCCAGAUCUACUUCUUGGCGUUGCAUGACGAGUAUUACAAGGCCCGCGACAUGAUGCUCACCUCGCACUUGCAGGAGAACAUCGCCAACUUCGACAUCGCCACCCAGAUUCUCUACAACCGCACGCUUGUCCAGGUCGGCCUCUGCGCCUUCCGGAGGGGCCUGGUGUAUGAUGCUCAACAUACGCUGCAAGAUAUCUGUGGCAGCGGGCGCCAAAAGGAGCUCCUCGCUCAAGGUGUGAUGAUCCAGCGGUACAGCCAAGUCACACCGGAGCAGGAGCGACUUGAGAAGCAACGGCAGCUCCCCUUCCACAUGCACAUCAACCUGGAGCUCCUCGAGUGCGUCUAUCUGACGUGCAGCAUGCUCCUCGAGAUCCCGCUUCUGGCCCAAACUGGCUCUUCGCCGGACAUCAAGAAGCGCGUCAUCAGCAAGACGUACCGUCGCAUGCUUGAGUAUCACGAGCGGCAAAUCUUCACGGGCCCGCCGGAGAACACUCGAGACCACGUCAUGCAGGCAUCCAAGGCUCUUGCGGCUGGUGAAUGGAAGAAGGCUAUUCAGUUCAUCCACAGCAUCAAGAUUUGGGAUCUCAUGCCGAGUGCGGACGAGAUCAAGGCGAUGCUCGCCAAGCAGAUCCAGGAGGAGGGUCUUCGGACAUACCUUUUCACGUAUGCUCCUUUCUAUGACACCUUGGCCAUCGAGACUUUGAGCAGCAUGUUCGAGCUCGACCCAGCCAAGGUGGCUGCCGUGGUUAGCAAAAUGAUCAACCACGAGGAGCUCGCCGCCGCUCUUGAUCAGGUCACCGAGACUGUCAUCUUCCGCAAGGGUGUGGAGCUCAGCCGUCUCCAGAGUUUGGCGCUGGCCCUCUCGGACAAGGCCAGCGCGCUCAUCGAGACAAACGAGCGCACUCUCGAGGUUAAGACGCAAGGGUCAGCAAACGCUUUCAGCAGGAAGGAUGGAAGGCAGGGCGGUCAGAGGGGCGCUGGCCAACGGACUGGCAGGGGCGGCGCAAGGACUGGCGGUAACACUCAGCGGCAGGCCGGUGGCACGCAGUUCACGGGUGGUGCUCUGGGUGCUGCGGUUCGUGCUUAGGCUUGGGGCGAUGGGGUUACAUGACUCUCGUUUGAUUUGGCAUUGGGGCUGGGCAUGUUACGUCCCAAAAUUGGUCCUCGUUGUGCUGAUGCUUUGCGCCACAGUAGACCAGGAAAGGCAGAGAAGAAUGACAUUUCAUUUUCCCUUCCCUUUUCUUUUCGUUUGGGGUCCCCAUUCGUCUGGUGGGCUGCUCUGUGUGGGGCUCCGAACACAUGGGGAGAUACAGCUGACAAGGUACGGCGAGAUGGUGACUUGCCAACUUGAGCGUAUCGAACAGCCACUGGCCGCAGCAAAAGUCCAUUUGGUUCCUCACUGUAGCCGUCCUCGAGCACUUGGCUACCUAUCCUCUAACAACUGGUGGGCUGCAAGUGCUCGUUCUCUCCC